UCCAAACAACCCGCAGAGCAUCCAACCUCCCUUUCCCCCUAUUGACAAAACCCUAAUAAAAGCACCGUUCAGGCGCUCAGCAAACGGGAAGAAAGAAAGAAAAAGAAAACCAUUCUUUCCCGUCGAUAAUGGCGUCGUCGGAGAAAAGAUGCCUCUACGAGGUCCUAGGCGUGAACCGUGACUGCACCCCCGACGAGAUCCGGUCCGCCUACAGGCGGCUCGCUCUGCAACGCCACCCUGACAAGCUAGUCAAAUCCGGCGUACCGGAAUCCGAAGCCACAGCUGCGUUUCAGGAGCUCGUCAACGCCUACGAAGUCCUGUCCGACGCGCGGGAGCGCGCUUGGUACGACUCGCACCGCUCUCAGAUACUCUUCUCGUCCAAUUCCGCUCCAACCAAUUCGUCUAAUUCUGGUUCUGUCCCCGACUUAUUCUCCUUCUUUUCCAAUUCAGUUUAUUCUGGUUACUCCGAUAAAGGCAAGGGCUUUUACAAAGUCUAUGGUGAUCUCUUCGAGAAAAUCUACCAAAACGAUUUGAAUUUCGCGAGGACGUUAGGUAUAGGUUUUCCCAAAGAAGCUCCUCUCAUGGGAAAUUUGGACAGUCCUUAUGCUCAGGUGACAGCAUUCUAUAACUAUUGGUUAGGAUUUGUUACUGUGAUGGAUUUUUGUUGGGUAGAUCAGUAUGACGUGAUGGCGGGACCCAAUAGAAAGUCAAGGAGGGUGAUGGAGGAGGAGAACAAGAAGCUGAGGAAAAAGGCACGAAGGGAAUACAAUGAGACUGUUAGAGGAUUGGCAGAGUUUGUGAAAAAGAGAGAUAAGAGGGUGAUUGACAUGCAGAUGAAGAGGAAUGAGGAGAUGGAGAGGAAGAGGGAAAAGGAACGGGAGAGAAAGGAGGAGUUAGAGAGAGAGAAGGUUGAGAAAGCAAAGAAAUACGUGGAGCCUGAUUGGGCAAAGGCGGAGGAGUUGGAAAAUGAAGAAAUCGAGGAGGAAUGGGAUGAGGAUGGAAAAAAGAAGGCAGAUGAGAAUGAAUUGUACUGUGUGGUGUGUUCGAAGAAGUUUAAGAGCGAGAAACAGUGGAAAAAUCACGAGCAGUCCAAGAAGCAUAAGGAGAAGGUGGCAGCUUUGAGAGAAGCUUUUGAUGAUGAAGAUUGUGAAUACGAAGGGUUGGUGGAGGAUGGGGUAAGUGAGGAGCAAAAGGUAGCUGAUGGUGAUAGAACAUCUGAUUUAUCUGCGGAUGAUGGGGUGGAUGAGUUAGCAGAGCAAUUUGAAGGUAGUACGCGAAUUCAAGAAGAUGAACGUGAGGAUGAUGAGGUUCAAAGCAGCAAUGAAGAUGAGACCACAUCACAGGGAUUAGAUGAUGGGUUAAAUUAUCGAAGUGGCAGUGAUUCAAAGGUAGUAGCCGAUGAACUUGGAUUAGAUGAUGAUGAAGCAAGUGUACUUGAAGCUAUGGUAUCUGGCCGCAAAAGUAGGAAGAAUGCAGGUCCAGCUGGCAGUCGUCAAACCUCAGCAAAGAAUGUAAAGGGUGAAACCAGUAACGAGGAAAUGGACUUCAUGGAAUAUAAUAAUCUUAGAAGUACUAGGAGAAAUAGGGGUGGCCGGAGACAAAGAAACAGGAGACCACAAGAAGAAGAAGACGAAGAAGGUGAAGGAGGAGAUGUUAGAUCUUAUGCGACUAAAGUUGCUGUAAUUACUGAGUUAGAUAGUGCUUAUAAUGAGAGCUCAGCUUUCCAGGAGCCGUCAUCAGAUUCUCCAGCAGAAACUGCUAAUGAUCACAAAGGAAGUGACCUUUCGCGAAAUAGCGAAAAAGUUUCAAGCCAAGGUAUGGACAAGAAAACUACCGCAAAGAAGGAGAAGAAUACCAAAUCAAAAGAUGCAACCAAAGGAAGGAAACAGAAGGGAACAUCGAAAUUUUCUAGCAACUCGUGCGAGACAUGUGGGGAGGAAUUUGAUACAAGGAAUCAAUUACAUAAGCAUCUAGGAGCGACAGGGCAUGCCAAACUAAAGUCUCGGUGAUAUUAGAGAAUCUCGUUGUCUACAAUUCAAGCUGAUUGCUGGGAGUUUGGAGGCUCAUUAUUUGUUCGCUAUUCUUAUUCUUUGUGGUUUAUAUACGAUUUAACAUCAUCAUUUAUACCAUAGUCAAUUCGAAAUGAGCUAAAAAUCAAAGCUUUUUGAUAAUAGAUGACUACAUGAUGUUUGUUGCAAGAUGAACACGGUUUCUUAA